AUACCAGACUAACGGAAUAUUUGCAGGCUUUGCGUGAGUCGAAAAUGAUGAGAAGAUUUAUUGUUUGAUGGGGAAUUGACAAGCGACAGAACUAUUUGUUUUGUGAGUGCUAAAAUGUUUGUUCAUCCAAGAAAGAAAUUCGUGGGUUAGAUUAUAAUGUAAGUAGUGCAUAUUGGGUCAAAAUUGUGAGGAAAAGUUUCGGUGGGUGAGGUCAGAAAGGGGUGUAAGGGAAGUUCAGUGAGUAAACAAUUCUGGAGUCAUAUUAGACUGGUUUAUUAACCAGUGUUCAUUGAGUUAAAAUUGUGAGAAGUCGUCCUGGGGUUCAAUCAUACUUGUUAGUAAGGGUGCUUUUUGUAAUAAACGCAGAAUCUUUUAGGUCAUAUCAGAUUGGUGAAUAAGUUUGCUUACAAACUUGAAAUUCAUGAAAGAAGUGUGAUCAGAUAUAAGUGGUGAGUAAGGGUACUCAUUCAUAUAAAUUCUGAAAAAGAAGUGCGUCGGUUAGAUCAGAUUGCUAAGUAAUGGUGCUCAUUGAGUUCACAUUCUGGGAAAGAAGUUUGUAGGUCUGAUCAGACUGUUGAGUUAGGGGGUGCUCAUUGAACUAAAAUUUUGUGAAAGAAAUUUGUGGUUGAAUCAGACUGGGUAGAAGAGGUGGUUGUUUAGUUAGAUUUGUAAGAAAACAGUUGCAGUCAGAUCUAACAAAGGAAUAAUGGGUGCUCAAUGGGUUGAUAUUUUCUUCCUUCUUUUGGCUGGUUAGCUCAAAAUUUCUGUUAAAGGAAGGCGGGCCGGGCUUGGACAUUGCUUAAUAAAUAAUUAAACGUUUGUUAUCACCAAGAAAAAGAUUGUGGGUAUAACAGAAUUAAAAACAUGGGGCGAGGGAAAGUCGAAAUGAAACGGAUCGAGAAUAAGAUUAAUCGGCAGGUGACUUUUUCUAAGAGGAGAAAAGGGUUACUGAAAAAAGCGGAGGAGCUUGCUGUGCUCUGCGAUGCCGAGGUUGCAGUCGUCAUUUUCUCUAGCAGAGGGAAGCUUUACGAGUAUGGCAGCAAAGGAACACACAAGACACUGGAGAGAUAUCAAAAGUGUUCAUACUCAUUGCAGGACUCCACUGCCAUAGAUCGGGAGUCACAGAAUUGGCACUUCGAAGUAGCUAAUUUAAGGCACCAACAUGCAGAAUUGGAGCGGAUAAAAAAACAUUUAUCAGGAGAAGAUCUUCAUGACUUAAGUAUUCAGUAUUUGCAACAACUUGAGGAUGAUCUAGAUAAAGCCUUACUUAAAGUACGAAGAGAAAGGGAUCGUCACUUUGAGGAAAAGCUUCGGGAUCAAAAACUAAAGGAACGCCAACUACAAGAACAAAACAAGCAUCUACAAAAGCAGGUUGAUGAGUGCCAAAGGCAGCAUUCAUUCAACUCCAUUCAAGCUGCUCCCCAGUCAUGGGACUCAAAUGCAGUGGAAAACAAUGGAUAUAUUGUUCAGCUAAAUAGAUCAAACCCUGUGGAGUGUGAGCCCACAUUGCAGAUCGGGUACCAGUAUGUCCCAUCUGCAACAAGUAUUGCUCGGCAUGAGCCAACACAGAACAAUUACAUACAAGGCUGGAAUAUGCUAUGAAUGGUUCCGUGUACAACACGUGGAAAACAGAACUAUUGCUAUCAUGAUAGCUGGCUAAACUUUUUAUAUAUACACAUGCAAGGAAGAUGGUAUAAACAUAAUCUUCAGUUUAAGAUUGUCUUUUAGAUAUAAUACCAAAACUGUGUGCUGUAUCCUAUCCUAACCUACUACAAACAUGAAAGCUAACAAUUUGGGAAAGUAUAUAUAUUUAUGCAUUAUAUAAUGUUCAUAGUUGUUUUUGUAACAAACGUAUGCCUUAUUUGUAUGAUGAAUUUUUCUAAGAAAAAAAUCGAAUUUAUGAGCUAAAUGGUGAUCAGAUUGAGAUGGGUUUUCCAUCUUAAAAGCCUAGAGAGUAGAUAUUAGUGGUGAACACCAAAGAAUGGAAAUUGUAAUCAGACUGGUUCACAACUAGCUUAUCUUAAAUAUAUACUUUCCAGGGUCUAAAUUGACUUUAGUA